CCUGAACCAAGAGGAUGCUUUUCUAAAAAGCACUUAGUGACUAUUUGUGUCCAAACGCCAACACACCUUUGAGUGAGAAACAAAGGAGACUCUCAGCAGUGGUUAUUAUUGAUGUGGGAUUUUUACCUGGCAACAACUCCUUGAUACCCCAUUGUAAAUGACAAAAUUACAACUUGGGGCUAGAGUUCAACCACAGGCUCAAAAUGACGGCUCGUAACCUUUGACACAGUCAGACACCAGACCAGACCAGACAAUGACAUGGAGGUGCCCAUGUACAUGGACUAUUCCAUUGCGAUUUAUAGCAAUGUCACAGAGCAGUUGAAUGGCUCCUCAGCCACCUCCUCUGGGCUGGCAGGAGAGGAACCUGACCCCCACCAGCAGUACACCAUCAGCGUCUUCCUCUCCUGCCUCUACACCAUCUUCCUCUUCCCCGUGGGCUUCAUCGGGAACAUCCUCAUCCUGGCCGUCAACCUGAGCCACAAGGGCCGCAUGACCGCCCCCAACCUUUACUUUGUCAACCUGGCGGCUGCCGACCUGGUCCUGGUGGCUGACUCCCUGAUCGAGGUGUUCAACCUUAGCGAGCACUACUACGACAUGGCUGCCUUGUGCACCUUUAUGGCCCUGUUCCUGCAGGUCAACAUGUACAGCAGCGUCUUCUUCCUGACCUGGAUGAGCUUCGACCGGUAUGUGGUGCUGGCGGGCUCAAUGCGUCUGGGCAGGAGCAUUCCCCGGGCCCGUCUGACCUGCUGCCUGAUCUGGGUGACCUCCGCCCUGCUCACCCUGCUGCCCUUCACUGUGGCCCAGGCGCAGCACGCCGGGGAGCUCCACUUCUGCUUUGCGAACGUAUCCCAGAUCCAGUGGCUGGAGGUUACGCUGGGCUUCCUGCUGCCCUUCUGCGUGCUGGGCCUCUGCUACUGGAGGAUCGCCCUGGUUCUGGUGAGGGCUCAAAGGGAGCACAGUGGGCUGCAGCAGCGGCCACAGAAGCGGAAGGCUUUGAGGAUGAUUUCUGCGGCCGUGUUGGUGUUCUUCGCCUGCUGGUUGCCGCAGAACAUGUUUGUCAGCGUGCACCUGCUGAGAGGCGAUGUGGAUGGAACGCUGUGGCACGACUACCCUCUGACGGCCCACAUGGUCAACCUGGCCGCCUUCUCCAACAGCUGCCUCAACCCACUGGUCUACAGCUUCCUGGGGGAGACCUUCCAGGACAAGCUAAGGAGCUUCAUCAAGGAAAACAUCAGCUGGGCCAAGUUAGACAGCUCCUGCUGGAGUAGCUAGCCUCUCUGGCCUACCCGCUGCAAGCUCCUGCCCCUGUCCCAUUCUUAAAAGUACCAGUCCCAUCACACAACCUCUCCAAAGCUCCUGCUGCCUCUACAAACCAGCCAUCAAAUCAAAACUCACCACAACUCCUACAACAUACGUGUGCUCUGGACAGCUAAGUGGUGUGUCAGAGGACUGGUUGAAGGGUCCUCCCAUUUGAUAUCAAUCACUUUCUGAGCUCAAUCCUUUUGACUUAAACAAAACUUUCCAUAGAUACACUAUAUAUACA